GGAGGCAGAAGUUGGCCAGGGCCAUGGACAGCUUCCCAGGACCCCCCACCCACUGGCUCUUUGGGCAUGCCUAUGAGACCCUAAGGCCCCGGAUGUGUAUGACUUCUUUCUCCAGUGGAUUGGUGAGUGGAGCACCUGCCUUCUGGCCCCUCCCUUCCCAUUUUUGAGUUGGGUGACCAGGAUCCUGCCCUGCCCUCCACAGUCAGUUGUCCCAUCAGCUGGACAGCCUGGCCCCAUGUGUCUGUCAUAAGCUCAGUUCUCUGUAGCGAGACAAGAGGAGCAGGGGAGCUUCUAGCUGGCAUGGGAAGUGGGGCCAGGCACUUUCUCUACUUGGGUCUUCAUCUCCUCCCCAUUUUAGGCAGGGGCAGGGCUCUGGGGAAUGUUUGGGUAUGAAGAAUGGCUUCUUGGAGUUGCACCUACAGGAAAUUUUGGUAAGUGGUGCUGUCCAGGGAAAGUGCCUGAGGAAAGGUGUGGUCAUAGGACCAUGGUUGAUGUCGCCAGAGGCUGAGAACUGUCUGGGUGACUGUAAGGCCGACCUCCAUUGGGAGAUGAGGCUGGGCAGGGAGGGACUGGCCAUCCUUGGCUGUCAGGAUUAGUACUGUCGGUUUAUGUUGAGGAUGGGUGGGAGCCACUGAUAUUUCUGAGCCAUGUUCUUAUGCUUCUUAAAGUCCUUGCUUUACCCAUGAUCUCCAGGCGUCUCGGCAGCUUCCUGAGAGCUAAGAAAGGGCAGGGCAAGAGGAAGAUAACAGUAACAAGACUGUUUACUCAGAGAGUAACACAAGGAAGUCCUUUUGUGGACUUCAGUGAGUCUUACUCUCUCCUCAUCCAUGAAAGGGAGGCUAAAAGGAAAGACAAAAUGAGAGGCAGUUUUGAAGAUAGGAAUGCAUUUCCAAGGCUGGGUGUGUGUAGGGGCAGGAGGAUAGGGCCACAAAGCAGAAACAUGACAGAUUUCUCCCAAGUCCUGAAGCUGUGGCCACCAUUUCAGCAACUUAGAGCCAAGACCUAGCGGGCUUCCCUCCUGCCUUGUUGUCCCUGGCAGCACAUCUUCUGUGUCUGAGUCCAGUGACAUAUGACACAAGUUCUUGGAGCCCAGGCUUUGUGGGUGCAGUUGAGACGUAGAAAAUGAGUCAUCUACCCUGAGGAAGGAGCACACUCAGCCAAGAAUUGCUGCCUCCUCUGUGUCCUGAGGUCCUGGUAGCUUGGGAGUGGGGUCCCAGAAGACAAUACCUGGUCUUUCAAUGGCUCACUUCUGCAAGGUUCACAUAUUGAGGAUGGGAGGUGGGUAUCCUUGUCUUAACAGCCAGGGUUGGGGCAGGAUUGCCUGGACUUCCUAAUUCUCUGUCUUCCAUCACUUCCCAGGAAAAGGCCUGCUGGUUCUGGAUGGGCCCAAGUGGUUCCAGCACCGCAGGCUGCUGACACCUGGCUUCCAUUAUGAUGUGCUGAAGCCCUAUGUGGCUGUGUUUGCUGACUCCGCACGUGCCAUGCUGGACAACUGGGAGAAAAAAGCUCAGGAGAAUAGGAGCUUUGACAUCUUCAGUGAUGUGGGUCACAUGGCUCUGGACACACUCAUGAAGUGCACCUUUGGCAAAGCGGACAGCGGCCUGAGCCACAGGGACAGUGACUACUACCUGGCAGUCAGUGACCUCACACUGCUGAUGCAGCAGCGCAUUGACUCCUUCCAGUACCACAAUGACUUCAUCUAUUGGCUCACUCCACAUGGCCGCCGCUUCCUGAGGGCUUGCCAGACAGCCCAUGACCAUACAGACCAGGUCAUCAGGAAGCGGAAGGAAGCCCUGAAGCAUGAGAAGGAGCAGGAGAAGAUUCAGAACCGAAAGCACCUGGAUUUCCUGGACAUUCUCUUAGGUGCUCAGGAUGAAAGUGGGACCAUGCUGUCAGAUGCAGACCUUCGGGCUGAAGUGGACACAUUCAUGUUUGAAGGCCAUGACACCACCACCAGUGGUAUCUCCUGGUUUCUCUACUGCAUGGCCCUGUAUCCUGAGCACCAGCAGCGUUGUAGGGAAGAGGUCCGCGAGAUCCUGGGGGACCAGCACUCCUUCCAGUGGGAUGAUCUGGGCAAGAUGAUCUACUUGACCAUGUGCAUCAAGGAGAGUUUCCGCCUCUACCCACCUGUACCCCAGGUGUACCGCCAGCUCCGCAAGCCUGUCACCUUUGUGGAUGGCCGCUCUCUACCUGAAGGCAGCCUGAUCUCUCUGCACAUCUAUGCCCUCCAUAGGAACAGUGCAGUAUGGCCUGACCCUGAGGUCUUUGACCCACUGCGCUUUUCCUCUGAGAAUGUGACUGGACGCCAUCCCUACGCCUUCAUACCCUUCUCUGCUGGUCCUAGGAAUUGCAUUGGGCAGCAGUUUGCCAUGAAUGAGAUAAAGGUGGUCACAGCCCUCUGUUUGCUCCGCUUUGAGUUCUCUCUGGAUCCUUCCCGGCUGCCUAUCAAGAUGCCCCAGCUGGUCCUGCGCUCCAAGAAUGGUAUCCACCUCCAUCUGAAGCCGCUGGGCCCUGGGUCUGGGAAGUAGCUCUGAAGAGAGCAAACCCAGACAGCCUAGACUGUGCCCUCUUACUGGGCACUGACCUCUUAGAUUGAAUGUAGAGUAGUUGUGGCUCUCUACUCUUCAGGGGGCUUGUAGUUUGGGAGGGGAGUAGGUACUGAAGGGCAAUGUCUCAGAGAACAGUGCCUUGUAAACAUGCAUGUUAAGAAAUUUUUGUUAUUCAUUCUUCCACAAGCAUUUGAUGAGCACCUAAUUUGCUUUGAGAAAUUUCAUUUAGCUCCCAUAAUCUGCAGUCUUUCUAAUGUACAGCAGAAACAUACAUUUCGGCCUUGGAGACUAUUACUGAAUGCAAUGGACACUCUGCCUGAGAUUCACAGUAUCUCAUGGUGUGGGAGAGAAGGACAGCUCAGGGUGUUGCCUUUUCAUUGAGAUGUGUUUCUUCUUUUAAUAUAAUGGACAUAAGGGAAAAUCACCUGACCCACCACUAUACAAAAUAAAGAUUAAUAUGAAGAUGGUUUCAUGAGUAUGUCUUCUGCCUCUCUGGAAUAGGUCUCUGUGGAGUUUCUGUCAUUUUUAGUAUUGGUAUCUCAUAGUCAUUUGGUGCUCUGCACACUUAGGGUUUGACUGGGAAGGUGGCAGAGUGACAUUACAGGGGAGUUCCAGGAAGAAGGAAGCCCCCCUUGCAUCAGGCCUUGAAUCAUGGGUGAGGUAUGAAGGACUUUUGGGGAGGGCCUCAAGCUGUGGGCCAAACAAUGACUUAGAGGUCUUUCCCUAGUAAGUCCCGUGGCAGCUGCUUAGUGACUGUGGGCACAAACACCUCUAGGGAUCAAGGUCUAAGGCCACUAGUCGGCUCCAAUUCAGGAAUUAGAUAUAUGUAGAAGAAAGGGCCCUGGAGACUCGGCUAGGGGACAGGAGAGAGGAAUUCUAGUCCUGGGACUUGGUGCUAUCUUGAUGGUGCCCUGAAGGAUGUGCCAUUGGGAGAUAAAUCCUUUCUGCUAUUGAUAAGGUAAUCUUAUAAGACAAAGGCCACAGCCUUGGCAGGUCUGCCACCAGCCAUCUGUCUACUCCUGCAAGGCCUGUUAAGGCCCAGCCAUUCCUGUUAAUGGAAUGCAGAAGACUCAACCAGGGUGUGCCUCUCAGCUGUCAGCCCUAUGCCACC